GUAUCGGUCUAGGUUAGGUUCCAAUAUUCGCAACGAGAACGAGAGGAGGGGUUCGGGUGUGAGAGCGAGAAUCAGAAGAUGAAGAAGGAAGACACAGUGAAGCUGAUCAGUGCCGAAGGUUUUGAAUUUGUGGUCGACAAAGAAGCUGCAAUGGUUUCACAGACCAUACAUAACAUGCUUACUUCUCCAGGGAGUUUCGCUGAGAGGCAGCACGGCGAAGUUACCUUUCCUGAGAUCAGCACCACCAUUCUCGAGAAGAUUUGCCAGUACUUUUAUUGGCAUCUCCAAUUCGCCAGUGGGAAGGAGACGGAAUUUCCCAUUGAACCUGAAUUAACUCUGGAGCUAAUGAUGGCUGCCAAUUACCUCCAUACAUAGCAUUUUGACUUCCCCAAGGGUGAUAGUUCUUCGGCCACAUAAUGGAACUAUUGCCUAGUUGGGCAUUCAAAGGGAAAUCAGCGUAUUAGUGUUGCCACUGAAACUAUGUCCUUGCUGGAACUAAGUAUAUAUGUAAUUUGUAUAAUUUAGUGACUGUUAGACUCAGCUUGCAAGACUCUGAUGCCGUCGAUUGAUGUUGCUGUAUAAAUCAACUGGUUUUAAAAUUCUAAUUUAAUGGGAACAUUACCAUCUCCCGAUAAGGUAAAUCAUAAUGCUCUUGUAAUGUCCAUUAACAAUAUAGACAUUGUUAUCCAAACAAGGAAAGGAAAUUCGCUCUACGAUCA